AGUACAUAUAAAUAAUAAUAAGAUCACUAUCAUCCACACUGGAAUCGCUACUCAAAAGUUCCCGUUUUGGUUUUUAGGGCACAUGAGUCAUCCGAUCCACUUUGGCUUUCCAGGUGGUUUCGGCCAAUGAAAGUGUAACUCCUUUUCAAUUCUGAUUUUUACGGCCAAUCCAAUGGCCCAAUCAUUAUUCUAGCUCGCACAAGCCGGGGACGCCCAUACAAAUAUCUUUUCAUACUUCACGCAGGACUUCAGUCAGGAUGGCCAAAAAGGACAAGAAGUCCAAAUCAGCGGAGCAGAAGGCUCGUAUAGCCGCAAAACAGUCUAAAAAGGCGGCUCAGAAAGAGAAGAAGAUCAAAGCAAAGGGACAGGCUGAUGACAGUGAUGCUGAAGAUGUCGACCUGGAUGCUGUUUUGGCAGCAUAUGCAGAAGAACAGGCCAAGUUCCUGAAGGUCACAGAGGCCAGCUGUGGGCCACCAUCGCCCCGAUCUUCCUCUACCUUGAUCGCGUCACCCGCAGGUCGAAACGAACUCUUCCUCUUCGGAGGAGAGCAUUUUGAUGGCACCAUAGCCACCUUUUACAAUAACCUUUACGUCUACCAGGCUGAUAAGCAUGAGUGGCGCGAGGUCACUAGCCCAAAUAGCCCUCUCCCCAGGAGUGGACAUGCUUGGUGUCGUGGCGGAAAUACAGGUGGAAUUUAUUUAUUCGGAGGAGAAUUCUCCUCACCAAAACAGGGAACAUUUUAUCAUUAUAAUGAUUUCUGGCACCUAGAUCCAUUGACAAGGGAGUGGAGUAGAAUUGAGACAAAGGGAAAGGGGCCACCUGCAAGGAGCGGGCAUAGAAUGACUUAUUUUAAGAAUUAUAUAUUAUUAUUUGGCGGCUUCCAGGAUACGUCCCAGCAGACAAAGUACCUUCAGGACUUAUGGAUAUAUGACUGUCAAAAGUAUAUGUGGCAUAACGUUAUUCUUCCUCCCGCGUCCCAAAAGCCAGACGCUAGAUCAUCGUUUUCAUUUCUUCCACAUGAAUUCGGCGCGGUAAUCUAUGGAGGAUAUUCUCGAGUAAAGGCGACCGCUGCGGUCAACAAGCAACAGAAAGGGGGGGCGCAGCGUAUGAUCCUCAAGCCAUUUGUUCACCAAGAUACCUGGUUCUUGCGCAUCACCCCACCCCCUCCCGAUGCCCCCCACACUGCAAUUCCCACGAUCCGGUGGGAGCGGCGGAAAAAACCAGCGAAUCCUCCAAAUCCGUCGCGUGUAGGCGCGACUAUGGCAUUCCACAAGGGAAGAGGGAUUAUGUUUGGCGGUGUCCACGACGUUGAAGUAACUGAAGAUGGAAUUGAAAGCGAAUUUUUCGACAACCUUUACGCGUGGAAUACGGAUCGAAACCGCUUUUUCCAAAUGUCGCUUCGCCGACCACGAGUAGCAGGGAAGAAGCAGCAGGCUGCUGCGCAGGCCGCAAAACGGAGCCGAGGCAGAGCAGAUGAAGAGGAGCUGCUGCGCAACCUUGCUCUCCUUGAAUCGAAGGUAAAUUCAACCAAAAUAGAAUCUCAGCCAAUGGAUGUUGAUUCUUCAGAAAAAGAGGGUGAGGAUACCGGAGAGAAACGAAACUUGACAAUUCGCUUUGAAAUGCCUCACCGCAGGUUCAAUUCUCAAUUAGCAGUGCUGGAUGAUACCCUGUUUAUGUUUGGCGGCACCUUUGAGAGAGGGGAUCAGGAAUUUACAUUUAACGACAUGUAUUCUAUUGACCUAGUAAAGCUAGAUGGUGUGAAGGAGAUAUUUUACAGGGAGCCCGAACAUUGGAACGAUGCCAUUGCAGUCGACAGCGAUGAGGAGGACGAAGAUGAGGAAGAAUCGGACGAUGGCGAAAAUGAAGAUGUGGACAUGGAGUCAGUAGAAGUAGCGUCGACUGCAGCGACAAGUGUCAUCGCGGAACAGGCGCAGGCGGAAAUGGAGGUCGAACAAGAACCAGAAACUCUAGUCAAGGAUUCUCAACCUCACCCUCGACCUUUUGAGUCUCUGAGAGAUUUCUUCGCCAGGACCUCCACGGAAUGGCAGGAUAUUUUAUUGUCGAAGAUGACCGCUGAUAAAACUGGAACAGAAAUGAGUGUGAAGGAACUCCGGAAGGAAGCGUUUAUCCUGGCUGAAGAGAAAUGGUGGGAUUGUAGAGAAGAAAUCACAGCUCUGGAGGACGAACAGGAAGAGGCUGGCAUUGGGGAAGUCGUCAGUAUGGCCGAUAGAAGUGACGUUCCAUCUGCAGGGCGUCGGAGAUAAGGGUGGGAAAGAGGCUAUGGUAUUCUAUCAAUAUUUUCCACAUAUGUGGAUAAUAUGUCUAUGGAUAUAUAUAACACAGUACAUCUAACGUGCUCUUCUUUCUGACAUAUUAUUCCGCAAUUUCACGCAGCACUGAAGUUAUCACUUCAAAAUCCUUCUCUUCGUUCACCCUCCAGUUUGAAAUUGCAAUUCUACACGCCGGCUUGCCGUCCCAACUCGUUCCGGACACAUAUAUUUUUGAAGCGGUAUUGAUUUUGCUCACCAACACCUGAUUUAAAUCUUCAUCCUUUGCCCUAAAUAGAACAAUUAUAAAUGUGUUCUGCAGAAGACUUUCCUUCUCUGGGUCGUGAGGAAGAACUGCAUAGGCGGGAUGCUCAAAUAGCCAGCCAACAACCGACCUAGCAAGUCGGAUUUGUCUUUCCAACAUAUCCCUAUACCCGUCCUUUCCAUAUGCAACUAAUGUCGCAUACACCGGCAGCGCUCUAAGGCGUCUGGAGUUCUCAACGCCAUUGUUACACGGAGGUGGGAUCCCGCCGCCACCAGCACUUAGAUAGGCAGCGUUAGGAUUCCGGCAGACGUCCUCUGCGAGGUCCGCAUGGCGGGAGAAGAAAAACCCGCAGUCGUAGGGAACGUUGAGUAGUUUGUGACCGUCUCCUGUAAUUGAGUCUGCUAGCUCAAGCCCCUGGCAUCCUUUCCAAAUGUGAUCAAAUUCCCCUCCACUUUUUAAAAUCCGUCCAAACAUCCCAAAAGCGCCAUCGACAUGUAGCCAAGCGCCGUACUUGUCACAGAGCUGCCGUAUCUUUCUGAACUCUUCCAAUCCCCCUGUAGCAAAAUGCCCCGUGUUCACUUCGCCACAGGACACCGCAACAAUAC